UGAAUCCUCCCUGUAACGUUCUAUUUUUUUCAAAUAAAUAAAUCUCUCUUCCCCAAUACAAACCAUGCCACCAUCCCAGAUUUGACCUAUCUACCGGCCUUUUACACAGUUAAACUCCUAAUCUUCUGAAAGCUGCAAUCAUGGCUUCUAUUGCUUUAACUUCUCUCAUGUCAACAAUUGAGCUUCAGUUUCUGCAACCUCUCCCAAGGGUGUCUCUUCAUGAUGAUCGAGCGCCCAUCAAAUCUUUCUUCGAAGCCCUUUCGUCUUUGCGAGAAUUUCUGGAGAUAUUCCAUUUUCGCGGUGCUGCAAUCGAAGAUUUGGAGAUCAAAAUCAGAGACUUUGCACUGAAAUCUGAAGACGACAUCGAAAUGCAACUCAGCGACUUUCUUCUCUCCAGAGACACCGAUCAUCGAGAAGAAGCUUCCCAGAAACUCUGUCAAACCUUGCUAGAAGCAGCGGAAAACGCAGCAGAGUUGUUGAAGGUUAGCAAUAUAGAAAAAGAUGGAGAAACAGAGAGAAAGAUGACUUAUGAUGCUUUAACUUCUCUCAUGACGACAAUUCAGCUUAGGUUUCUGCAAUCCUUCACAAGGGUGUCUUGUGUUCAAUCGCCACCGAAAUCUCUCAAAGAAAACCUUUGUUCUUUGCGAGAAUUUCUGGAGAUAUCCAAUUCUCAUGGCGCUGCAAUCAAAGAUUUGGAAACCAGAAUCAGAGAAUUUGCACUCAAAGCAAAAGAUAACAUCAAAACACUCUUAGGGAAAAUCCGUUUUGCCAAAGACACACAGCGCCGAGAAAAUGCUUCACGGAAACUCCACCAAACCUUGCAACAAGUAGCAGAAAAUGCAGCAGAGUUGCUGAACAUUAUCAACAGCACAACCAACAAUGUUAAGGGAGAUGGAUCCUUGAGGUGCUCUCCAAAGUUUGAGGACAGAAUGGUGGGUCGUCAAAAUGAUGUUAGAACAAUAAAGAAUCAACUCUUCAGUGGCUUUGGUGGUCUAAAAGUGAUCCCAAUUAUUGGGAUGUUGGGCAUAGGAAAGACAACUUUAGCUCGAAGAAUCUUUGAAGAUCAACUGGUUGCAUCACAUUUCCAGGUAAAAUGCUGGAUUACUAUACCUCAAAAGUACAACGACAGCCAAAUGCUACGGGACAUUCUUCUGUCAAUUAUACCAGCAAAGCCACAUGAAAGUAGAAAGGGAAUCACUCCUGGUGAACUAGCGGAGCUGGUACGCGAAUGCUUGAUGCACAGGAGGUAUCUAAUUGUUUUGGAUGACAUAUGGAGCACUCAGCAUUGGGAAGACAUCAAACGAUGUUUUCCUAGUUCUGAGAAUGGAAGUCGAGUAUUGCUGACCACUCGGUUCUAUGAGGUGGCUGAUUAUGCUUGCUCAAUCAAAGGUAAUCAUCAUGUUAUGAGUUUACUUGAUUCAAAUGAAAGUUGGGAUCUAUUCCGCAAUAUCUUUCCUCUUGAAAAGUAUAGUGCACCAAGGUUUGAAAACUUUAGGAGUCACUUAUUCCAUGUUGUGGAGAAAUGUGAUGGACUACCACAAACAAUUGUUGUAGUUGCGGAUCGUUUAUCUAAAUGCAAAAACAACAUACAACAUGAAUUGAAAAAGAUUGAAAAGGAAUUAGAGUCAUUGGGAAUUCUGGGUCAUAGUGCACUCACUAUCAUUUGCAGUCAACUGCCAGAAGAAUUGAAAGUUUGUUUUCUAUAUCUUGGAGUCUUCCCAAAGCGUAGUGAAAUCCAAGUUAAAACACUUCUUAGGUUAUGGAUUGCUGAGGGAUUUGUGAAGCCAUCAAAACAUGAGGAGUUAGAAAAGAAUGCUUAUGGUUAUUUAGAAGGUCUUGUUAAUAGAAGUCUUGUCUUAAUAAGUAGUCGGAGUUUUGAUGGAAAAAUUAAGACUUGUACGGUGCACAGUGCAUUGCAUAACAUUUGUUCAAGAGAAGCCCAAAAAGAGGGUAUUUUAUGUGUAGUAAAUACUCAACAACUUCCAAGGUGGACAGUAAAUGUGUUCGCAAGUUCGUGUCGUUGGUUAAGUUUAUACACACAUAGUUUUGAUUAUUAUGUGUUGUUUACUUUAAACAACCCUCGCUCCAUUUUCUUCUUUCAUGAAAAUCCUGACAUUUUUGUACCCUUCAAGCUGUUAAGAGUUUUGGCUUUUGUUCCAUCUGCAUUCCUCCAAAGAGUGCCAAUGCAAUUAGGUGACUUAGUUUUUUUGAGAUACUUGUCUGUAACACAAUGGUUUGAAGGUCUCGAUGAUGUAGUGUCAACUAAUUUGAAUUUGCAGACACUUGUUGUUUCUGGUAGUGAAUUACAACUUGGAGCACCAACUCGGCAUUUGCCAUCAACAAUUUGGGAGUCACCACAGUUAAGGCAUCUCGAACUUGGUACCUUGUAUACGGUUGAUCCUCCCAGUGUGGUUAAAGAGAAUUUGCAAACGCUAUCUUGGGUUGGUCCAAUUCAUUGCAGAAAGGACGUGUAUUUGAAGUUUCCAAACAUAAAGAAACUGAAAAUUUUUUGCAAAGAAGACUUGGAGCCCAGUCACACUUGUGGGUCUUGUAGCAAUCCUAUUAUUUUGGGUAAUCUUGACUAUUUGGUAGAGCUGGAGAUGCUAAAAAUCUCAGUUCCUGUUGGCUCUUCUGUAACUCUUCCAGAACAGUCUGUAUUUCCUUUACAAUUGAAGAAGUUGAGAUUGAGUGGAAUUAAUCUUUCUGAGAAGGAUUUAACGGUGAUUGGCACGCUGCAAUGGCUUGAGGUGCUCAAGCUGGAAAAUGCCUUCUAUGGGGAAGUAUGGGAAGUAGUAGAAGGAGGAUUCUAUAGAUUAAGAUUCUUGUUCCUUGAAGCUAAAAAACUCGAGCGGUUGAAGGUUUAUAUUGACUCUUUCCCAUGUCUCGAGCGUCUAGUCCUAAAAUCUUGUUCUUGUUUGGAAGAGAUCCCUAGCAGUUUUGGAGAAAUUUUCACCCUGCAGUCAAUUGAGUUGGACAGGCAUAGCCACCCUUCUGUUAUUGCUUCUGCCAAGGAUAUUCAAGCACACCUACUGGAAUAUUAUGGAAAAGGAAAUUUUGAGAUCAAAAUCCAUGGGCCUGAAUAUGAUGAAUCACAGCAUACACAGAUAGUAGAGUCUGUAGAAGACAACUUAGCAGGCUCACAGUCUUGCAUCUGCCACAAACUUCAAAAGAUUGACACAGAUCGCAGUUAAUUGCAUUGGAGCUGUGUUGCUCUUCCCGUGAGACGUGUGAUACUUUUUAGUUACAGAGUAGUAUUUUUUUAGAAUUCAUAACAAAGUAUUAUGCUUUAAC